AUGCAGAGUCCUGACGCUUUCCACAGCCGGGUUCUGGAAUGGGUACCCCUGCCCAAGCUUCUGAACGGGUGGACACUCCCUUGCCUAUUGCUCGGUGCGUGGGUGGUCUACGGCGUUGGACUGGGGAUAUACCGCCUCUUUCUAAGUCCUUUGGCUAAAUUCCCGGGUCCAAAGCUCGCCGCCCUCACGCAAUGGUAUGAAGUCUACUUUGACAUGGUCAAGAAAGGUGGCGGCCAAUUCCCUUUCGAAAUCAAGCGCAUGCACGAAAAAUAUGGCCCCAUUGUUCGCGUAAAUCCCUUCGAGCUUCACGUCGAUGACCCAGACUUCUACGAUGUAAUCUACGCGACAAAUAAGGCAUAUGACAAGAUGGAGCAUUUCCAACACCGCUUCAAUGUGCCUCUGGCUACGUUUAGCACGUCCGACUCGGAUGAUCAUCGCAUUCGUCGCGCAGCCAUCAACCCCUUCUUCUCCAAGAGCCGGGUUCGAAACCAAAAUGAACGCAUCCAGCAGCUCGCUUCCACAAUCUCACAGAGACUGGCUACUGAGUAUGCUGGGCAGAAUAAGCCUUUGGACGUGGCUAAUAUGUGGGGUUGCUUCACGGCGGAUGUCAUUAUGGAUGUUGUCUUUGCGCGCCCCAAGCACUUUUCCCGGUACCCGGACUUUGAGUCCCCAUUCACCCUCGCCAUUCGCAACAUGUCGACCUGGGCUCAUUUUACAUUGCAUUUUGGCUGGGUUUUGACCGUCAUGAAUCAAAUGCCAAAUUCAAUUGCCAAGGCCCUGUUUCCCCCAUUCAGGCCAAUCAUUGAAUUCAGAGAAGUGAGUACUAAUCCCAUAAGUAGUUGCGCCUUCAAGGGAAGUCCCGAAUGCUGA